CCCUGUAAUCCAUGCUUUGACAUCCGAAAGCGGCAACGUUUUUGCGCUGAAAAUACAAACAUACUACUCAGCCAAGCACGUGUACUCCGUGUUUUCAACGCAGCACAUGAGUGAACGUCGCCGAAUCUCGGCGAGUCCUCACGCGCAACGCGCAUCUGUCCGUCCGCUACGGCUGCCUGUGUGAAUUGAAUUAGGCGGCAGCUCGCGAUGGAAGACAUACGGGCCAUGCUGGACUUCGACGCGUCCUGUGUGCAGCGCAAGGCGGUGAGCAAGCUGGUGCAGCAGAUUGGCCGCCAGCUGAGACCAGGUGACGCUCCCUUGUCAGCUGAUACUGCGAAGAGAAUCCCCGAGCUGGAGCUAUUGGUUGCACGGUGUGGUGGACAGCAGGAGUGUUGUGAUGCACUGGUCUCCCUGGUGGUGGCCGGACAGCUGGAGUGGCGCUUUGCCCUUGGCCAGCUGUUGGGUGCAUGCACUGCAGCGGCCAACCGGCAGCCGAGUGGUGCAGUCGCGGCUAUGGGUCGACUGCUGACCCUGCACAUGCAUGGAGAGCUCCAGGCUGGUGCCUACCACUGCCCCUUUGCACUCCGGAGCCACCCACUGGUGCUGGUGCUUCGUGAACGACCGGACUGCUGGGAUGUCGUGCUGCAGACUGUCCAGGAAGCACUGGAUAAUUGCACAACAGGGCAGGAGGAGGCCUUGCUGGAACUCUUGCGCCCUCUGCUGCUGCACUGUUUGGUUGGACCUGCCCAGCCCGCUGAACACAGGCAACUUCGACUGUGGCUCUGGCUCGCAUUGGCUCAGCACUGGCCCCGAUGGCUUGGGGCACUGCUCCUCUGGAUGCCUCUCGGCACUGACGAUGUGCGGUGGCAGUUGCAAGUGCUGGAGCAGCUCCUGGUGCGGGUGGCACCACCUGUGGAUGGCUACUGUGCCCUGCAAUCACUGGCUGCCUGCCUGCUUGCCCUGGAUGCUGGCCUGAACUGCCGGGGAGUGCUUCACGCUCUGCUCAAAUGCCUGCACUCUCAGCAGCAGCACCAGCAAGUCAUGGGUUCAGAGCUGGUGUGGGAUGCCUGCCUGGUGCUGGUGGCUGCGCUUCUGGCUCGGGCUCCAACCACCUGCCUGGCUGAUCUUUUGGAUGUCUGUGAGGCUCUGCUGGGGGAGCGCCCAGAAGGAGUUGUGCGCUGCUUGUCGCUGCCCCUGUGCCAGCUGCCUCAGGGGUUGCAGGGACGGGCUGCUGCUCUGCUGGCACGGCUGGCCACCACUGUUGGCAGCAAGGAGGAGGAGGAGGCCGCGCCAUGCGUUACUCCCAGCACGCUAUUGGCCAGCCAUCCUCUCGUGACUGGGGCCCUGUUUGCAGCAGGGUGCCUGCAUGCCUCACCCACUGUGUGCCUGGAGCGUUGGCGUGGCCUACGCGGUGUGCUGGCUGGCCGCGAUGGGGCCCUGCUAGGCCUCCUGGUGGCCUCCUCCGCACUGGUGGGCAGCAGGACACCGAGCGAGGCGCAGCUAGCUCUGGACGCACUCCGAAAGGAGGUCAACGUGUCCACUCAGUUGGGCCCGAGUGUGCUGCCACUGCUGCUGUACGUGCUGGGCCGCAGCCGCUGUCCAGCCACACUGGCCCGGGUACUACGCUCGCUCGCCAACACAGCCGACCACAAGUACGCCCUGGGCCCCUUGUGGAGUGGCGUGCGUGCCCUGUCGGGACACCACCCCGUGCUGGCAUCUAUGUUCCUGCCCAGUCUGGCCGCCCUGUGCGUGAAGCAACCCCAGGCCCUCCCCCUGCUGCUGCAACUAUUGGGCGAUUCACCUGACAAGGCUGAUGACAGCCUGGCUCUGGCCAAGGCACAAGCCAUCGAUACCCUCCUGCAGCACAGCGCCUCUGAGCGUGGGGGCGACUUGCUGAAACACCUGGUGUCCUUGGUGGCCAGUUGUUGUACUGACCGUCAGGGGGCAGCAGUGGUGCUGGCACUGCGUUGCCUCCAGCAGCUCUGUGCAACCGAGGUGGUGAAUGUGAAGACAACACUCUCCUCAAUUGUGCCCAAACUGUGGAAAGACAACCGGCCGCUGGUGGUGCGUGCUGUGUGUGAGCUGAUGUCCGUGGUGCCCAUGGUGUCAGUGCCUACAGUGGAGUACGAACGCUACGAACAGGACACUGCAGGUCGCCUCUGGCGACUGGCCAUGGCCUCAGAGGCUGCCGCAGUGGUGCGGGGAGGGGCCUUCCGUGCCCUCGCAGCAUUCCCAGCGAGCUGCCAUUCACUCAAGCACCUGCCUGCCGAGGCUAAGGUGAACCUGAAAGUUCCUGCGUCCAAGACUCCCAUGGAUCUGGGUCGCUCGGCUGAGGAACUUUUGACCUACACGCCAGGGCACUGCUUCCUUGACCUGCUGGCAACCAUUGAGGAUGAGCAAGUUUUGCAUGAUUAUGGGCAGCUGCUGUCAUCACUGGUGCAGCACGAGGUUUUGCAGCUUCCACGCUCGGUGUACACGGCAUCCAGGGUGGCCCCAUCUGCCAGCAGCGGGGAUGCAUCUGCACGCGCCAGCGUUGGAGCUCAACUGUGCACCCUGUACGAGGCCAACCGGUUCCCAGCUAUCCAGGGAAGCCUGGCCGUGGGCACGUUGCUGACAUACGAGCCAGCACAGCCUGCUGCCACAUCAAGGGCAAAACCUGGGUCCAGUCUCUACGAAGGCUACCUGCGCUUGCUGCCAUCCUUGCUUCAGGAUGUGCCGCUGGAUGGUGCUGACUGGGCUCGCUGCCUGGCUGUCCCCCCCGCAUGGGGUGCUUAUGUUCGACGUGCCUUCCGUGCAGCGGAAGAGACCCGGCGGCGUGGGCUCAAAGAUGAGCCCCAGGCUGACGCCACCUCCUGGCUCUGGGCCAGGGACGCUCUGACUGAAGCUAUCAAGGCAAACUGCACAGGCCGUGCAUCACAGCAGGGCAACGCCCUCCUGGCCCUUUGUGCCCUGCUGGAGGCCACCACCGAGCACCUGCAGGGUCUGGACACUGCUGCACGGCGACACGCAGCACGCACUCACACUGCAUGGGUGCAUGCCCUGCUGGACCUGGUGCUGGAGUGCUGUGGGUUAUCACCCGCCCGCCGGGAGCUCCCAGAGAGAGGGGGCACCCACGAUUUCCAGUGGCUGCUCAAGGCAUCGAGCGGAAUGCUGGUUCGUGGCUGCGCAUACGUGGCUGUGGGUGGGCUGCUGGGGCUGCUGCAUCGUCGUGACCCCCACUGUGUGGUGCCGCUGGUCGAGGCACUGGCUGAUCGGCUGCUGGCAGCCGAGGGGGGCCCCACUGGACAGGUUCUGACCGGUGCCGGACUGGCUGCUUGCGUUGCGGCCACAGUGCGCCUUGGGCUGAUGGAUGCCACGUCAGAUGCUGGCGUGCGUGGUGUGGUGCUCCGUGUGAUCAAGCAGCUGCUGUCCACCUGCCUAGUGAAUACACACAGUGAGCCAAAGCCCGGGCAGCUGCUGUCCCUGGCACUGUGUUUGUGUUCACUGGUCCAAGUCGCACGAGGUGAUGAGGAGUUGCACCAAAUGAUAAUCGACAGCUGCACGCGCUUCUGCAAGGACCUCCAUGCAGCUGACCCAGACGCUUGCUCCUUUGAGGUGCGGUGUGUGUGCACGAGCCUCGUAGUGUGCAGUGCAGCGCAGGGACUGCUCUCUCUGUCCAACGUGGAAGAGCUGCUGCUCUGGUUUGAGAAGAGGCGCCAGGAAGAUCCGCAGUGCCAGGGCACUGCCCUGUCGGUGGGUCUGCUGGUGCGCACCCUGGUGGAAAGGAAGCACUCCAAGGGGCCACUGCUGUGGGGAUCACUGCUGCCCCAUUGGAUGGAAGCCCUGCUGGCACAGAAUCAACCUACACUGGGGCGGCUGGCAGCGCUGCGGGGACUCUGCAUGAUGCUGGGGGUCAACAGCCAGCUGAUGGUCAGCACUGAGGCAGUGGACGAGUCCCAGCGCCAGUCGGAGCGACGUCAGGUGCAGGAGCAGCUGGUGCGGCUCCUGUCGCGCUCCUCAGCGCGGGACGUUGCCCUGGCCGGCUGUGCUGCAUGGGCUGUGGGCCAGCUCAGCGCUGGACAUCACAGCGGAAGCGCCUUGUCCGUGCCUUCCAGCUACUCGUACCUUGGAGACGCCAGCGUGCUGAGACCCUUGGUGGAUUUCUUGGCUGCAUCUAUCAGGACAGGGUCGUGGAAUGGGCGUGUGAAAGCAUGCCUCAGGGCCCUGGACCAGGACUUUGGCCGUGCCCUGCCGCCCCUCAACUGGACAGGACUGCUGGUUCCACUUCUGCAAGAGUGCCCCUCAGAGACAGGGCUGCCAGAUCUGGUGCUGGGUGUGGCACUGCGAGGUGCACCUUCGUCACCAGCCAUGGCUGCUUUGCUGGUAGCCUGCGCAUCACCACCUCUGCUACAUUCACUGCCGGGCUCGUGUGUGGAGCGGCUGCUGUGUGGGUUGCCCACGGUGGUGAAGUCGGCGCCCAGCAGCAAGUUGGGGCCUUUCUUGGAGCUGGCCACUGCCCGGGCCCUGAAGCCAGGCGGACUUGUCGUUCUUCAGGGUGUCGAGUCCCUCCUAGGUGAUGACGGCUCUGAGCUGCCUCCUGGUGCCAGGGGUGCCUUGUGUGAGCUGCUGACUAUGGUGGCCCAAGGAUGCCAGGAAGAUGUGUGGGAUGCCCAGCAGAGGGCGCUGCUGCCUGCGCUGGGGCACUGUGCAGUGCAGCUUGCACCGGACUCCAGGGCGGCGCUGCUGGACGCGCUCGAAUCCUUGCCACUUAUACUUGCCCUGCACUGCUACCUGGCGGCUGCAGGAAAAGCCCCACCUGGCUGCAACAUUUUCUCCACAGCCACCAGUGUUGGUGGCGAGAGUGGUGGACAGGUGCUGUGGCUGCUGAGCCAAUGCUUACGCUUUCCUGAGCCAAUAGCCGAGGAGGUUGGCCGACAAAUGCGCUGGUUUGUUGACUGCCUUGUGGCAAUCAAGGAAGGUGCAUUGCGGGAGGAACUCAAGCUGCUUCGCUUCCAGCUGCGCCUCUUGUCUCUUGUCACACUGGUGCUGUCAAGGGUGCAGCCGCUGCCGUCAUCCACGCUUGCCGCUUGCAGCUGCCUUGAGCUAGACUUGUGGUCUUUGCUACCCGAGGCCCUGGCCACACUGCUGCUGGAGGCGCAGCCAUGCUGGCGGGAAGUUACAAAAAUGGUGCUGGACUGGCUGUCCGAGAUGCUGGCAUUGGAGAUACCAACUGAUGUUCGUCAGCUACUGCUUUCCUGUGCCUGCCGUCUACGAUCUGUGCCCGAAUACGGAAGUGCUUGGACAGAGCUACUCAAAGGCCUGCGUGCCUGAAACCUGCAUCAAAUAAACUGUGCCUUGCCAUGUUUCUCACCACAUAAA